AUGCCAAUUGUGUUAUCGGUGUCAUCAACAGCAGUCAACACAAUUAAAGUGAAUGGAAGAAAAGAUGGUAACGGUUCAAUAUCGUCAAAAGAAUUGGGUGUUGCAAUGCGAACACUGGGACAAAAUCCAACAGAACAGGAACUGUUGGAUAUGAUUAAUGAAGUGGACUGUGAUGGAAGUGGUAGUAUCGAAUUUCCGGAGUUUUGUCAAAUGAUGAAACGAAUGAAUAAGGUUUUGGGUUAA